AUGUUCUCGAGACGUGCCAUUCCUCAGGCUUUCCGCGCCGCCACCCGCGCACCCUCCAUCCGUGCCGCCCCCAGCGCACGCUUCCUCGCACCUUUACAGAUCCGAUGCCUUUCCGACGAAGUUCGCGGCGCGAUCGAUCGCGCAGUCGCCUCAUCUCCCGUCGUACUGUUCAUGAAGGGAACCCCAGAGACACCACAGUGCGGGUUCUCAAGAGCGAGCAUACAGAUUCUGGGCAUGCAGGGUGUAGACCCGGACAAGUUCACGGCGUUCAACGUACUUGAGGAUCAGGAACUGAGAGCAGGAAUUAAGGAGUACUCGGAGUGGCCUACGAUACCUCAGCUCUAUGUCGAUAAGGAAUUCAUUGGCGGUUGCGACAUACUCAUGACUAUGCAUCAGGAUGGUUCGCUGGCAAAGAUGCUGGAGGAGAAAGGUGUUGUUGUGCCUGCCGAGGGCGAGCAGAAGUAA